GGCUUUCUAUCUUUGAAGUCACACCUUUGAAAACAGAAUAAAAUUUCGAGAAAUUACCAUAUCCCAUAUCUCCUUUCUUCCUAGUAAAGUAUAUAUUAAACACCGUUUUUGGCAUUGGUUCCCAAUCAUAAUAUCCCAACUUUCUAUCUACAAAAAAAUCGACUGAUCGUUAUCAAGCCACCAUGUGCCACUAUAAGGUUGAGACGUGCGCACGAGGUCACGAUUCAUCUAAACUCAGCACCCGUGUCCCUUGUUACAAAUGGCAGCAAGGAGUUGACAUGUCAAGUUGCCAAUAUAGCGCCGCAAUAGGCUUUGAAGAAGUUGAGUUACGGAAAAUACAGUCUAGAAUUUGUGAGGAGUGUGUGAGGUAAGUGAUCAUUUAGAUUUAUUUUCAUCUGUUAGUGCGGCUCAGACCUUAGUUUAGCACUGCUGCAACCAAGUCGAGAUAGCAUCUAGCCUCUCAAAAUAUGAAACGAAACUCUGCAUUGCUUCAUCGUACUGAUGUCAAAUUUAUCAAGGGAGAUUUUCUACGAACUCAAAAACGCAGAGAUGGACGAAGCACCGGAAGAAGAGAAAGAACGUGAAGAGAAAGAGCCCAAGACGAGUAGUACUCCUACAGCAACUAGAAAACCAUCGGGAAUUGUCCACUCUCCUAUGCAAGAAGAUCUGAAGAGUAUUGAAGACAUGGAGUCGGAAAGUAUUCAAGAUUCGCCAAAGAAACAGACUAAAGGGAAGGGCGGGACUACUGAUUUUGCAAAGCUGGGCAAUGCUGAGACCUCUGGACUGCCGAAUCUUCAGCCUAGUUCAGCCUCUGAGCCUGAGGGUGUUCGAAAACGGGAGCUUAGGAGAUCACCACGUAAAAAGCAGCGAUGAUAUACUAGCUACGGUGAUGACAUCCCUAGUAGAGGAGGUAUCGUUGAUUCAGGGUGCACGAGAAAGGAAAGAUAGGUGUGUCAGACGAGGGUAGUUUAGAACAAAGCAUAAUGAGC